CAUCACACUCCACAGUCCUGCUUCCGUCUACAGCUGUAUAACGGUCCUCUCUCCUCGAGUUCUCUCUUCACCAGCAGAUCAGCCAUCAUGUACAGCCACAGCCAUAGCACCAUGGGCGGGCCUCAGAUGAUCAGGCAGAGCCGCAGCUACACAUCAAGCAGCGCUCCCCGCAAGGCUCACAGUGUGUCUGGGAUGAACUUUAGAAGCGGCCCACGCAUCUCCUCUACCAACAUGCGCACCGUUUCCUCCGGGUAUGGAGGUGGCAUGGGGGGCGGCAUGGGGAGUGGCAUGGGGGGCGGCAUGGGCUUCGGCAGCGGUGGGUACGGCAGCGGUGGGUUCGACCUGAACAGCGCCCUGGACCAGAGCUCUGUGCACCUGAACGAGAAGGCCACCAUGCAGAACCUGAACGACCGUCUGGCCAGCUACCUGGACAAGGUCCGCUCUCUGGAGGCAGCCAACUCUAAGCUGGAGGUGCAGAUCAAAGAGUACUACGAGACGAAGGGACCCGCAGCAGAGCGGGACCACAGCAACUACUGGGCCAUCAUCAAUGACCUGAAGGACAAGAUUGCAGCUGCCACCAUCGACAAUGCAAGCAUCCUGCUCCAGAUUGACAACUCCAAACUGGCUGCUGAUGACUUCCAAACCAAAUUCGAUCAUGAGCAGAUGAUGCGCCAAUCAGUUGAGGCUGACAUCGCCAACCUGCGCCGCCUGCUGGACCAGACCACCCUGACCAAGUCUGACCUGGAGAUGCAGAUCGAAGGCCUGCAGGAUGAGCUGGCCUUCCUUAAGAAGAACCACGCAGAGGAGCUGGCAGCAAUGCACUCUCAGCUUACCGGCACAAUCAACGUGGAGGUGGAUGCCGCACCCCAGCAAGACCUCAACAGAGUCCUGGAUGAGAUCCGCGCCCAGUACGAAGGCAUCACUGACAAACACCGUCGCGACCAGGAGGCCUGGUUUAAUGAUAAGUCUACAACGUUGUCCAAGGAAGUGGCCGUCAGCACAGAGACACUCCAGACGACCAAGACAGAGAUCAACGACCUGCGGCGCACAAUGCAGGGCCUGGAGAUCGAGCUGCAGUCUCAGCUCAGCAUGAAAGGGGCUCUGGAGCACACGUUGGCAGAGACAGACGGUCGCUACAGCUCCAUGCUCUCCGGCUACCAGAACACAAUCAACAUGCUUGAAAACGAACUAGGCAACGUGCGCCAGAGCAUCGACACGCAGGGCCAGGAUUACAGAAUGCUGCUGGACAUCAAGACCAGGCUGGAGCAGGAGAUCGCAACCUACAGGAGCCUGCUGGACACAGAGGAUUCCAGACCAAUGGCUACAGGGGGCUCAAAAUCCACAGUCACAACCACCACUGUGCGCAGUUCCAGCUAGGAGGUCCAACUGGCAGGACAAGCUGUUCCCAGACACACACACACACACACACACACACACAACAAUACACACACAUUCCUGCUAAUAAAAGCUGUUACAUGAGAUGAGUGAAACUGUACUGAAAAGAAACUGAGAUAUGAUACAAAUUGAAGCUGCUGUUAAAGUUUGCAACUUUUGCCAUUUAGAAUUGUGUGUGUGUGUGUGACAUGUCUGAAAAAUAAAUCUGCCGGUGAAUACAA